UUUGCUGAAGACGACUUUUGAGUCCGGUUAUGUUGAUGGUACUGGCAACUCUGCGUCAGCCCUGGUUCUUCCCGAAGCUCAGAAAACUCGGAAACAUGACAGGGUGUGGACGCUAAAUCGUGCACUGACUGCAACAAAAUUUUAAGCCAUCAUGGAUCCUGAACCAGAUAAUUGAGACAUGGCUCAUAAUUAUAAUGAUAGAAGUGGUGGGAAGCAUAUGACAUUUGAUGAUGACCAUGACAACUCAGAAUACAAUGCUAGAGACUCAUUCAAGAGGAAAAAUAAUGAAGAAGACAGAUUUGCCUUUGGCAAGAGGCAAAGGUUUGGUGGACAGAAUGAUAACAAGCCUAGAUUUGAAAAUUGGAAUUCAGAAGCAGGAAGAAUGAAUAACUGGAAUAGUAAUAAAAACAAGAAGUGGCAAGAUGCAGAACAGUUUGAAGAAUACUUUGAAGAUGUACCAAGACCAGAGAAGCCUCGGAAAUAUACCAUUAGCAUAGCAGUUCCUGCUUCCAUCCUGGAGGAAACCUGCAAAAAAGAUGAAUUGCGAACAUAUGUUGUGGGUCAAUUGGCAAGAGCAGCGAAUAUAUAUUCUGUUGAUGAGAUCAUAGUGUAUGAUGACAAAUGUUGGCGUAAGAAAAAUGUGGCUGGCACUGGCAGUGACAGGCAGAAUUUGAUUGAGAUGAUGAGAAUGUUACUUGAAUACCAGGAAUGUCCCCAGUACCUUAGAAAAUACCUCUUCUCAUUCCAUCGCUUUCUUGGUAAAGUUGGGGUCCUGAAUGCUCUUAAUGCUCCACAUCACCUACUCUCCAAACAGUGGUGUGAAUACAGAGAAGGUGUUGUGCUAGAUAGACGAAACAAGAGCUUAUCCUAUGUUGAUGUUGGUUUAUCAUCAGAAAUCACCAUUGAUAAAAAGCUUGAUGCAGGAGUAAGAGUAACUGUCAGACUGCCUCCAGAAACAAAAGAUCUGACUAAACGUUUUGGGGUUGUUGUUUCACCCGACGAACCUAGAGAAAAGUGUGGCUAUUAUUGGGGCUACACUGUUAGAGUUGCACAUUCUCUUACAGAGGUCAUGACUGGGGGCAGAUUCCAAAAUGGUUAUGAUCUACUAAUUGGCACGUCUGAUAAAGGAGAAGACAUCAAGAAAACUGAAUACCCGAAAUUCUAUCAUGCGCUUAUUGUCUUUGGAGGUGUUGAGGGUCUUGAGUCUGCAAUAGAAGCAGAUGAUCAGCUGGAAGCCACUGAACCACACCACCUGUUUGACUUCUACACCAACACAUGCCCCAUGCAGCAGGCACGCACAAUACGCACAGAAGAGGCAGUAUUGAUUAGUCUGUGUGCUCUGCAAGAUAAAUUACUACCAAAAGGAAAAAACUAAAUACUACUUGGAAGGUUGCUAAGUACUUGUUAUAAUUUUUUUUUUUUUAUUGAAUUUAACUUGAGAUUCUUGUUAUAUUGUACUUGGUACUGCUUUCAUUAUCAGUAAUAGUACCUGCAAAUAAUAAAAAAAUAUAUUUUUUAUUGACUAUUGAAAGUUGUCUUCAAUCUCAUACUACAUAGAAUACUUUGCAAAUGGUAUGGUUUAUAUUACAUUAGGAUUUAUUUUUAGUUGUAGAGGACAUUUGUGAAAAUGAUACUUGUUGAACUAAAAAAAAAAAUCCAGUUUAAUUUUUGACCUGUAUAACCAUUGCACAGGACUCAUAGAACAUAAUAGGUAUUCUGAAUACUUGCAUAAAUAAAAAUAUAUGUAUAUAUUUAUAUAUGCAAUUUACUGCACUUGGAUAGUACUCUAAGAUUGGGAUUUCAUAAAAUUUGAUGAGACUUGAAUAUUACUUGGAGAUAAAAAUUCUGUUUAUAUCCUUUCUCAAUAAAAUAUGAUGUUGGCAA